CAUAUAUUUGCAUGGCUGUCAGCUCUUCGCACUCUGGGCGUCCGUCACCGCGCCUCUGCUCGCGUAAAUUGACUCGGGAACCCGUCUCUGGUUUUGCUUUUACAGGCGCCGAGUUUGUGCAAGAGGUGCGCACACAUCCUCGCGCACUCUCAUGCACUCUCACCCCCCCUCCCCGGUCCUGUGUGAGAUGCACACAGGACCCCUCCUACCGGGAGAACGCCGCCCUUAUUAGAGUGAGCAACGCCACGUGUCUGCCAACGAGGAGCCUGAACUGCGCCAAACGAGGACCCCCGUGUGUGUCACCACCCCCCCCCCCCCAGUCCGUCCGUGGGAGAGCUAGCGGCUGCCUCGGUUCAGCGACGCCCGCCUCUGCUCCUGGGAAUCUCACAGUCCGUUUGCCCUGCAACACGCAACGAUGUGCGCGUGUGGAUCGACCACAGGCGCGUUUUAACUUCGGGACGACUUCCUCUUCCUCGUCGCCUGAACGUGCACCCAAGCAAGUUUAUUCUCGCAACAAAAAACCUCACGCAAGAGGCGUUACGAAACACCGGCGCUUAAAUAUUACACAGUGUUCCUGCAUAGUGGCAGAUAGCAGACCUUUUCUUAAUUCCUGGUUCGUGCGCUUAGCCUGUGGAUUUUUGUUCUUUAAUUUGUGAGAUGGGCUUGGAGAUUUUGGCCGAUUCAUCCGGACCGUUUUCACCUGGCGGAUAGAGAUCGCAGCUCUCAUGGCUCAAGGCUCACCUGCGCUCAGGACUCUGGCGGCUCUAGCCUUGCUGGGGUGGCCUUUCGCCCCGGUCCAUAUGUGCAAUGAGCUGGAGCUGAAGAACAACCUCGACACGCAGUGCCUGAUCAUGUUCAAGAGCCACAUGGAGGAGCUGGGAUCAGACUACUGGUGCGACUGGCUCAUUAUCAGCAGCCUCUACAACGCGCUGACCAACUGCACGCAGGAGAAGGCAGGGCAGAGCGACUGCUUCUGGCCCAACUCGGUGGUGGACGCGUUCUUCCUGGACGUCCACCGCCGCUUUUUCUCCAACUGCUCCCGGGACGAGCCGGUGCUGGCCGACCCUCCGGACACCGUGCUGGGGCUGCUGGUGGCUGGCCCCGCCAUGCUCGCCGCUGCUCUCACAGCGCUCAUCGUCUGGCUCAGCAAGCGGCGGGAGGGAGUGGCCUGAGCGGUGGCGUGACUGUCGAGUGUGCAGGCAGUGCAACUGCACUGGUGGACGGACUGCGAAGAGAAGGGCCGGGGGCAGGCAGACAGGGGACCCUGAUUAAAUUCCUCGCGGUGUAGCACAUUUCAACCAUGCUGCACCUCUGGGCCUGACCUCCACCUACAUUCUGCUCGUGGUUGGAGCAAGCGUCCUUCCAAUAUGAACGUACUUUCUCAGCAUUUUUCCUGCACAUGAGAAAGCUAAACAAAGCAAUGCCAGAUUUAGGAUUUUGUGGGUGUAUCUGCACGGCAAAAAAGCCUAAUCUGUUUUUGGGGGGAGAUGAUGAUCUCUCUGCGUACGUGGACUGGGUAAUUUACAUUUAAAUAUUGAGGCGAUGACCUGGGAGUUUUAUGUUUGGAAAAUGAGCAGAGAAAAUAGAGAAAGGUGGAAAGAGCAAUGGUAAGUCUGCAGUGGAGCUGAGCUAUAGCAAUCAGUCACACUCUGUGUCCUAUGGCAGCCUCCACUGGCCUUGCUGCUGCUGUUUUGUUAGAUUUUACAUGGUCUGUCAAUAUGCAGCAAUGAAGAGUAUAUAUAUGGCAAAAAAGUACCAAUUUGUUCACUGUAAUGUGUUGCUGGGAUUGUUCAUGUAUUUCUGGCUUGUAUUUAAACCACAUUAAGUCGAUUCAUAUUGUUGACCAUUAGAAUGUGGACGAAAAGUAAAAAGCCACACUGUUGUAUACCGCAAGUCAUCCAUCAUCAACAACAACAAAUGAUACAGAAUCUGCUGCAGCGCUUCUCUAACUUUUGGAAGCCAAGUUAGCGAACAACAUGCCCUAGUGGCUGAAAUUCCAAAUGCCAUCGAUAUUUUACACUUUGUGAUGCCAUUACCAGGCAUUUUAAAUUGUGCAGCCAUGAAGCUGGGUAAUCGAUAUCACAUAUAUUCCCCAAAACAACUGAAACUACUGUCAAUGUUUCAUUGUUAUCAUAGUGAUCACAAUUCAUGGGUCCAGAAUUGAUACCUGUCAAGGCAAUUGAAAAAUCUCAGCAUACUCUAUUCAAGUGUUCAAAUACCAAGCAGUCAAAUUGGUAAUAAUUUACAAGCAUUAAUUUUGCAGUCCUUUUCAAUGCAUUGAUAGUUGAAGACCUCUGCAUAUCAUGGCAGUCAUGAGGAGUGUUUUACCAUACCUCACCACACUGAUCAAUGUGGGUUAUUGAUAUCAGAUGUCACUCGCCACUAAUGUUUCCCUUGACCAGAAAUUGAAUGGAGACCACUGGGCUCAUAAAACACUGUGCAAACCCCUAUGCAAUUGCUCUCACCCCAGAAAGUAAAUGGGUUUACUGCAUUAAACAUAUCGUCAGAUUCCUUGUGGUGGUCAGAAUUGUGCUAUCUUCCGAUUGGCUGCACCACACGAAAGAAGCGGCUCAACUUAUUUGAAGGCAGGACCUUUGACUCAAAAUGCAUGAGCACUCUAUGCACGGUUGAACAUUCUCAUUCAUAUUUAUGCACAACGUAAUUAAAUGUGCUGAGGAUAAUAAAAUUGUCUGCCAAUCUCUGCAUAUUACAAAUCCAUUACUGCAUUGCAUCAAGUCACGUUGCAACAGGCGUUGGGCAUCUGUUAACGUUCCAGAGUCGGUGGUGGGAAUUUCUCAGUCCUUUGGUGGGGGUUGUCUCACCAGAUGACAACCACUGUUGACGUCCCACCAAGAGAGAUGCUCAUUGGAUGUUUGUGAAAUAUAUGGAAUCAGGAGGAACGCUGGGCUGAGCAGACCCCGGUGUGAUUUGCACCUCGUCUCAUGAGUAAGAACCCGCUGCUGUGCCCACUAAGCCUCGACCCAGCUGAGCCCAGUUUCUGAAUAAUGAAUUACUAAUAAGGCAAUUAAUUAUAAAACAUAGAGUUUGAAUCGCUGUACUGCAUAUGAAGAUUGUCUGAGCAUUUUAAAUGGCCCGGUAAACAGAAAAAAACGCACAGUGUGUGGUGUAUAAUGUUUUUUGAGAGGCAGACAUCAAAAACUAUGACACGGCUUCUGUCAAUGUGAAUGCCCAGGGGUUUUGAGAAACUGCACAUGACUUUUUCAAUCACAGUUUUGGGCUGCAAUUCAAUCGCAGAAUGUAUUUAUUGGUUUGUCUCGACGUUCUAGUGCAUGUAGAAUCUCUAGUCCUUUGUAGGGUUUACGUGAGGAAACUGCAGUAUAUUACAUGUGCAUUUAGUAGCGUGCGCAUAAACAGUGGGCGUAUUAAUUUCAGAGCGAGAGGAAAGUUAGUCACAAGGCAACGCAAGGAUAAAUCUGAACAGAGGCAGGGUUAUGAGCAUGGGCAAAGAGACAUCUGUGAAAAAGAGCUUCAUAGCUCAUCGGAUUCCUCCAGUCAAAAUAAAAAAUAAAAAUUCUGAUUUCUGGACAAUGGAGGCGGCAGACGAGAAUGAUUGACGUCCCACUAAGUGAAGGUUGCCUGAAGGCUUACGACAGGAAGCCUGGAGCGAGAGUGUGUGAAGGGGAGUAGAAUUAGACGAGAAGAGAUAUAUAGACAGAGGCGAGGCCAUUGCAGGAUUUUUAGGAGGGCGAGCGUGAUGCUGAAAUUCACCUGAGAUUUCAGAGGGAAACAAUGCAGUGAUUCGAGCAUUGGGGUGAUGUGGUCUCAUGUCCACGUGCAGAUAAGAAAACUGGAGCUUUGGAUCGUAAGCAUAACAGCUCACGAGAUAUUUUAAUGAUCAAUCAUUGCAUCAUUAAUUGGCAUAAUUGAUGAAUGAAUGCAUUGUUACAUCACAUGGCUGAUUGCGUAGUGCACUUAGGGAAAUGUAAGCGGAAGCGACGAUGACAAUUAAGUAUUAAAUAAAGACUUGCAAAUACAAUUUGUAUGAUACUUUAGCUAAUAAACACAUACGUGUUAACUGGAAUUCUGGCUUAUAUGAUCGUUUCCAUUGGUAUGAUUUUGAAACAGAGUUAGGGAGUGACGUGGGAUGUGUGUUGUGUUCAUGACGGGAAAAAAACUUGGCCAUGCUAAAUAUUGUCACCUGAUCCCUUGAGAUCAUGGGGUGAUGUGGUAUUUGUUAUUUGUCCUUAAAAUUAUCUCUAGUAGGAUGAAAUAUCUCAACAUAGUAGGUCAAUUAUAAAUACACACUGGCAUUCUUUUUUGCGUGUGGUUUUUGAUUGGAAGAGAUUUUGGCCCAAAAAUGUACAUUUUAAAAAAAAGUAAAGCCAAAUCCAUUGCAGCCCAAACAAGAUUACCCUCCAAUGCCUGCUGUUGUAAUGGAUUGACUGUGUUAUGUGAUAAAACAUCACAAGAGGGAUAUGCGGGGGCCACAUGAAAAUCCAUAAAGUUUUUGAGGCUUCAGAUUGAGUGGGGUUGGUGAUCUGGCACUGAUUUUGCAGUUUUUGUACCAUCUGUAAUUGUUAAUAAACAUGACUAUAUAUGCAUCCCUAUAUGCAAUGUUGUACAAGUAAAUAAAAUCUAAAAAUAGCAGUACUAUAGUAAAAUGUCAAAAUGUAAAGAUUUACACGAUAUAUUCUGUAUAUGAUUCUUACAAAAUCUCCGAGACAAUUAUUUCUGGGACACUAUUUUUUUCAGGGGGGUUACUUAACUCCACGACUGGGGUACCAAUCAAUCCGAAAUCAGUGCUACGCAGCGAGGACGAUUACGCUGAAACCCUGAACGCUCGCGUAUGCACCACAGCUCGUCGAGAUGAGUCGAUUGCCGCAUCGCCGACCAUCAACAGACUAAAAAUGACUGCAUCACGGACAUUAUGCGAGAGCCGGGGUACUAUGGUACCCUGGGGUACCGCCAUAAGGUUCAUAUAAACCUAUUAUCAAGGUGACUUGCAAUCUCUUUGUGAAGUGGACGACAUUCUGCAACAUUAUGUAAUUUAAUAAGUGGCUUUCAUUUAUCACCGUUUAUUAACGCAGACAUGGGCAAUAUUUCCGAAUGCGUUGAGUUUUCGUGGGGAAUUGGCAAGGUUGGUGAGUUGUGGCACACAGUGCAUUUUCCAUAGUUGGAAAGCUGACUUAUAUAUAAAUGUUGAGUUUCUUCAGCUUUUCAUUUAGUUAAAUAAAAAGUAUUAGACUAUAGUAUGCUCAAUAGUGAACAGAAAUGUUACUUAGAGCCUGAAUGCAUUUUCAGGGUGUAAACAGUUGCUCCAGCCAAUAUGUGGCAUGUAACGUGUAAAUAUAAAGUGUGACAAAUUAGAAGUUAGUUUCUCGGUGAGAUGUAUAAUAUCGUUAGUUAUUUUAUGAAGUUUAAUGUAAAGUGCAAUAACCCUUCUCAUGCGUGAUGUCAGGCCUGUAUCUAGCAUAAUAUGCACACAGUAUAACCAUACUCUAGCGGCCUUUAUUUCAGGCACAAAAAAACUAAAACCUAGAGCUGGAUUGAAUUUCUCUUUAAUCCUGGUCCACACAGGCCCUUACCCAGCUGCCCACUCCGUGUAACUGGGCCAGAGUGAAUGGGGCUCACUAGAGCCAGAUGGGUUUAUCUUGGCCUCGCACUAGUUUGCACAGUGUGGGAUGUUUGAGGCUUGGCCACUAUUAUGGCCCUUGAAGAGCCCAGCUCAAUGUCAACAUGCAAUUAACGCUUUUGAUAAUCCGGAACUGACUACCAUGCAGUUUGUUGUCAUAGGCUCUGCAAGAUCUGCCCUCAUAUUUUAAUUAGCUGGUUGACUUGCUGCCAGCUUUCCAAAAUAAAUAUGCCGCUGUGGUGAAAAGAGAAUGAGUUUAAGUGGCCAUACUUGUUGGAGAUAACUUCAAAUGCCAGUGGGGGAUCAGCGGUUGUUUUCCAAGUUAGAGUACAGUCUCAGUUGGAGACCAUCACGAAUGUAUGAAACAAAAUUAUUGUCGUGCUGUUAUGCUGGUAAAGUUUUGUUAUCUUGUCAGAUGGAAACACUUUCAUCGGAAAAGUUGAGUUUUUUUUAGUUAAUAAUAUAAUUCAUUUUUUUGCAGCCUGAACGUAACCUUUUAAAAAAAUAUUGUAGUCUGAAAGUAACUUAUUUCAAAUGUUAAAUUUCAGAACGUUGCUUAUAUUGUUCUUAUUUUUAUUACUAUGUUUAGCUUUACACUUGUACAAAUGAAUGACUGCGUCUAAUAUUAAAACUCAUUGUAAUUAUUGAAUUACUUUAUGAACAAACAGCUGAGUUUCAUAUAUUUUGACAAUACUUCAUUAUGUCAAUUGAAUUGUCUAAUAUUCCUUCACACACUAUUACAAUUAAUGCCAAGGUUGUCUUUUGUUGUUUAUUAAAGUGUGAUCACAUACACAAUUACGGUCACAAAUGUGGGCUUACAAUAAUUGAUUUAAAUAUGACAUGGCAGAAUAAUUUAUCUGCAGGCGAUUGCAUCAGAUGUGUGACGAAAAUUUACUUUGAUGUUUAAACAAAAAAACCCUUCAUAGUCAGAUGUUAUUUUCAAACGUAUUUUUGCAUGACUACUGCACUUCUUACUAAAUUAUUUAUGGUCAAUAAAACAAAAACAAUGAAAAUCAAA